GCACGUUUCCUGUGUUUCCUCAGCCGCUGACGCCGCCCUCUUCACUGCUGAUGGUGGCGCGCAGAGGAACUGAUCGAUUUACCCAAUCCGGCAACUUUUGUUCGUCUCCCACACCGCGAUCACACACAUCACGCGCCAAUCACGCGGGACGUUUCCGCUUUUGUAACGCGUGAAUGCGAGGGGGGCGUAUCCGGGGUAAGGGUGCGUGUUGGGCGUUCUGGGGCCGAUGGGUGUACUGUGCUAUGAUGGGCGUGUUGGAUCGCUAUGGGGAGAAUAUGAAGUGGCGGUGGGGAGGGUAUGAAGUGGCGAUGGAGGGGAGCAUCCCGACGGUCCGAUGUCGAAGGACAUGUUCAGGCCGCACGUCUCACGGCAGGGUACCCCUCCGCGUACGCGUUGCUGAUGGGUUAAUUGACAGCUCGGACGUACCGAGGAGAUGCGACGAGGCAGGCCUAGGAAGCGGCAGAGGUACGAACUGCUCUCGAAAGUGGUCCUACGCAUCGGAAUUGCUGUCAACAGCACCGAAACGGCUGCAAGUUGCGACGGAGGACUCGAAAACCGCAACGGAGAUCCCUCGACACGACACGCAACGGUGGUCCCAGAUGCGACGAGGUGCGACGAGGCAGAGCUAUCAUGGGCGUGAUGGUGUGACUGUUUGAACUCUGACUUUCCGCCCGGCUGGCGUUUGGGCGGCGCGAGGUGACAUAUAUACACAGCUCAACUAGCGAGCUUUGGUAUCAAUCGUUCGCCUUCUUUGCCGUUCUUAUUCUUCAGCU